AUGCCUUUCUCCUGGCAGGCAGUGCUGGCCUGCAGGAAAUACCUCAUCAUCAUCCUGGUACCCCUCCUCUUUCUCCCUCUGCCUCUGCUCCUGCCCACCAAGGAGGCACUGUGUGGCUAUGUGAUCAUAGUGAUGGCACUUUUCUGGUGCACAGAAGCCCUGCCUUUGGCUGUCACAGCUCUCCUGCCCGUCCUGCUGUUCCCACUAAUGAAUAUCAUGGAUUCAACAACAGUCUGUCAGGAGUACUUGAAGGACACCAACAUGCUCUUUUUGGGGGGCCUGGUGAUGGCCAUUGCCAUCGAGACCUGGAACCUGCACAAGCGAGUGGCUCUGCGGGUCCUGCUGAUCACUGGUGUCAGGCCAGCCCUACUCCUGAUGGGUUUCAUGGUGGUGACAGCUUUCCUGUCCAUGUGGAUCAGCAACACAGCCACCACUGCCAUGAUGGUCCCCAUAGCACAGGCGGUGAUGGAGCAGCUGCACAAGUCAGAAACUGAGUCUGGCACCACUGGCCAAGUGCCUGGAAACACCAACAAAGCCUUUGAGCUGCAGGAAAAGUUACCUGACAGCUUCAAAGAACCAGAGGAAAAAGGUAAUUCUCAUGUCCUGACAGUCGAGGAAGAGAGGAAGAGAAAUGAAGAGAUUGAGAAGAAACACUUGAAGCUGUCCAAGGGAAUGUCCCUCUGUAUUUGUUACUCAUCCAGCAUCGGAGGGAUCGCCACUCUGACUGGGACAACUCCAAACCUGGUGCUACAAGGCCAAAUUAAUGACAUCUAUAAAGACAAUGGUGGCAUCAUCAACUUUGCCUCCUGGUUCUCCUUCGCCUUCCCCACCAUGGUGGUGCUGCUGAUUUUGGCGUGGAUUUGGCUGCAGAUCCUGUACUUGGGCUUUGAUUUUAAGAAGAAUUUUGGUUGUGGUGCCAGUCCUGCUGCCAAGGCUAAGGAGAAGCAGGCCUAUGAAAUCAUCAAGGAAGAGAGCAAGAAACUGGGCAAAAUGAACUUUGCAGAAAUAGAAGUUUCAAUCCUCUUCAUUCUCCUGGUGGUGUUGUGGUUUACAAGAGAACCUGGCUUCAUCCCAGGCUGGGCAACAGUUCUCUUCAACAAGGACAAUAAAAGCUAUGUCACCGAUGCUACUGUCGCCCUCUUCAUUGCAAUGCUGCUCUUCAUCCUCCCUUCUGGCUUUUCCAACCAGGACAGAGACCAAGAGCAAACAGGUGAGGCAAAGUUCCGGGCACCUCCACCCCUCCUGGGCUGGAAGGUGGUGCAGGAGAAGAUGCCGUGGAACAUCGUGUUCCUGCUGGGAGGUGGCUUCGCCUUGGCCAAAGGCAGUGAGAAAUCUGGUCUGUCUGCGUGGUUGGGCACCAAACUGACCCCUCUGCAGAGCAUCCCUCACCCAGCCAUUGCCUUCCUGCUGUGCCUCCUCAUCGCCACCUUCACCGAGUGCACCAGCAACGUGGCCACCACCACCCUCUUCCUCCCCAUUCUGGCUUCAAUGGCUGAAGCAAUUUGUCUCAACCCUCUCUAUGUCAUGCUGCCCUGCACACUCUCUGCAUCGCUGGCCUUCAUGCUCCCCGUGGCAACUCCUCCCAAUGCCAUUGUCUUCUCUUAUGGACAGCUCAGGGUUAUUGAUAUGGCCAAAGCUGGGUUUGUACUCAACAUUCUGGGAGUUCUGACCAUAACUCUGGCCAUCAACACCUGGACUUCAUCCCUGUUCCAGCUGCAGACGUUCCCAUCGUGGGCAAACAGGACAGGGACCUGCCUGUAAGGUGGGGAGGAGACAGGACCAGGAGUGCUCCUGCCAAGCUGCAAGGACAGCAGGGCUGUCACCCACAGAGGCAGGGCUUGGAGAACAGCCUGGCCUGUGGGAAAGGACCAGCAAAAUCCUCCCAAUGCUAACAGCAGGAAAAUUGCCCGGUUGCUGUUGGCUUUUGUCACCCCAGCAGGAGGACGAGGUGAUUUUUGGCUUUCCAGCCCUCCCACCUUUAGAUUUUCUGCCUCUGCAGGGGUGUUUGCCCCCAGUUGCUUUUCCAGUAAGUCUGAAAUCUGCAGCGAGACAAAAAGAGAGAGGUGUGAGUACAGAAAAGGAAGGAGAGAGACUCUGAGCUCCUGAUUUCACGCACAGGUCUGUGCUGCCACAGCUCUCCACCUGUAUAUGUGUAAAUGUUCAAGGUGUACAUGGUUGUUAUAUACUCUGUGGGCACUGACAGCAAGCUGUGUGUUGUGUGAUCACAGAAAAAUCACUGUCAGCCCCUCCUAUUUUGAAAUAUAUAUUUAUUUGCAGUCCCCUUGUUAGGAAUGUAAAAGAUUAAAUUUCUCCCAGACCAUCCACCCUGGAGGUAUUUAUGUAUUUAAGUUCAUAAUAAGAUCAUUCCUUGAAAAGGAGAGAAUCCCUGUGUG